ACUUUGCAAAGCAGCUGCAGAAGCAGCAGCAAACUUGCAAGAAAACCACAGGGGUAUAUUUUGUGCAUCUUUUUUUUUUUUUUUUUUCUUUUUUUAAACCAGUGCAGGUGCACACACAGAGAGUACUCGUGUGCAGGAGUUUCACAGGAGCUUGUGAAGAAGAUGAGCGACUCACUAGAGAGGACGACAGAGUGCCCCUUGUCUCUCGCCGGGGACGACUCGGGCCCGGAGAAGAAGAGUGGCACAGAGUACCACUGGGAAGAUGGAGGUCUGCCCCUGGCGCUCCAGAGAGGCAUGGAAGACUUGCGAGUCAACCUCGAGCUGACUGACGUGGUCGUGUGUGUUCAAGGACAGGACUUCCCUUGCCACAGGGCCAUCCUCGCCGCAGCCAGUCAAUACUUCAGGGCCAUGUUCUGCAGUGGAUUGAAGGAGAGUCACGAGGAAAGGGUGGAAAUGAAAGGACUGGACAGCGAGACAAUGGAGACUCUCCUGCAAUAUACUUACACCAGCCAGGCCCUCCUCACUCAGUCAAACGUGCAGAAAGUACUGGAAGCUGCCAGUCAGUUCCAGUUUUUGCGUGUGGCGGAUGCAUGUGUUGGCUACCUAAGCAGAUCUCUGCAUCCGAAUACUUGCAUUGGGAUCCUAAACCUGGCGGACCGCCACACCCUUCCCACUCUGAAGACCAAGGCUCAGGACUACAUCGUCGCCCAGUUCUCCCAGGUGGUCCAACAGCAGGACUUCCCGGAAGUGCCGGCCGAGUCGCUGGAGACCAUCCUGCAGCGUGACGAUCUGCACGUGAGGUACGAGGAGUGUGUUUUCGAGGGCCUCAUGCGCUGGGUGCGAGCCGAGCAGGACGAACGGCGCCGCUUACUGGCCAGGUUGCUAUCGUACGUGCGGCUGCCGUUGUUGGAACCGGCGUACUUUGUCGAAAAAGUGGAGGGUGAUGAACUGGUCCGCAGCUGCAGUGAGAGCUUUCCUCUGCUGCAGGAGGCCCGCACCUUUCAUCUCUCCGGAAGAGAGGUGGUGUCUGAACGAACCAAACCGCGCAUGCGCCACUUCCUGUCAGAAGUGUUCCUCAUCAUCGGUGGCUGCACCAAAGACGACCGUUUUAUUUCCACUGUCACAUGCUUGGACCCGCUCAGACGCAGCAGGCUGGAAGUCGCUAGGCUACCGGGCACCAACAUGGGCGAGGAGGCCCAGAACAGGAAAUGGGUGGAGUUUGCCUGCACGACCUAUCGCAAUGAACUUUAUAUAUCCGGAGGUAAAGAGACUCAGAGAGAUGUAUGGAAAUACAACGGAGCCCUGGACAAGUGGAUCCGGAUCGAGCCUCUGAUGACAGGCCGCUGGCGGCACAAGAUGGCCGUCCAAGGGGGGAGGGUGUACGCACUAGGUGGCUUCGAUGGCGUGCAUAGGCUCGAUUCCGUGGAGGCCUAUGACCCUUUUCACAACCGCUGGACGCAGGUGGCGCCACUCGCAGUGGGCGUGAGCUCCUUUGCUGCCGCGAGCUUCGACAGGUGGAUCUACGUGAUUGGUGGCGGGCCCAACGGAAAGCUGGCGACAGAUUUGGUUCAAUGCUGGGAACCUGGAACUGACUUCUGGGAGUUGCGGGCGCCAAUUCCCAUCGAAACGAAAUGCACCAAUGCCGUCAGCUUCAAGAACUGCAUCUAUGUAGUUGGUGGCGCCAUGCACACCAUGUAUUGCUACUCGCCUCUGUCAGACUCCUGGUCCGUUGUGACCCGGCUGGGGGAAAGGGCAAGCUGCGCCAUUGCUGCCUGCAGCAACAAACUCUUCAUCACAGGAGGCCGAGAUAACAAGAACCACGUCAUCUCCACGGUGAUGUGCUGGGAUGUUGAUGAAGGCGUCCUGACAGAGGAAUGUGCCUUGCCAAUGGGCGUUUCGCACCAUGGCAGUGUAACACUGUUGAAGUCCUACACUCACAUGCACAGAGUAGCACCUGUGACUAACUGAUGAAUAAUUUGAAUGAAAGGAAUCCAUUUGUGUAACCGUGUACUUGUAAGUUGUGUAACUAUUGCAUAGCUUCCCCAUUUGGCCUCACCAGUACUUUCUAACCUUUAUUGAGACAAGACGCAUACUCGAGAGGGAAAAAAAAAAUUAAAUCACCAAACAAUUACAAAAAGUAGAUACAACAAAGCGCACUAUAGUGUGGUUAAUGUUUCGCUUAUUUUUACAGUGUUCAGGCGAGUCAGAAUUACAAUGCCACACCUUCAGUAUAGUACCAUGUUGUGACACAACAUAAUAGGGAGAGAUGCAGCGUAAUUAACAGCAAGAACAAAAGGAUGCCCCUUCAGUUUAAUACAGUAACACGUUUUUUUGCUUUAAUAUCCAUUGCUCCCGUGGAGCAGGGAGAAUAUACACCUGUGAAUAUUGCUGUAUGCACUGUUUGUAUGUGUUGCUGCUACGUGUGUUUAAGAAGCAGUUGUUUGAAUGUUUAGAAUUAUCGUAACAGCUCUGCUAAUGUCCACGAGCCAGUCGACUGCAUUUCACAUUAUUUGUGCGCAUUACGGAUAAGAUGGUAGAAAAUGGAUGGAUGGAUGGAUGGUAGCAUUAAGCUAGCAGACAAAAUUAUCUGCUUUUGUUGAACAUUUUGGUGUUUAAAUAGACAGUGUUUAAUAUUUUUGUUUUGUGUCUCAGUUUUACAGUAAACAUCAGCUGGAACUGACAAAUAAACAUCUUGAAGCAA